UGAUUAGAAAGGAUGGGAACUUCAAAAUCCAGCAAAAGGGCUAGAGUGUUCAGCUUUCGGGGCAUCUGGGAUUUUGGCACAUAGACUGACUAUACAGAAGCGAAAAUGAUUGACAAAACCGAGUUGAAGAAGGAUGAAAGUCAGGACAGAAGCUUAAUAGGUUUGCUAUCUUGGUCUAUCAAGGGUGUUCUCAAUGUGCUCUUUAAUAAUAACAGCGAACAAGAAACUAAAAUUAUGGAGUCAAUGGUGGAGAAGACUGAAACUAAAAUUAUGGAGUCAAUGGUGGAGAAGACUGAGGUGAAGAAGGAAGAAAUUCCGGGUAGAAGCUUAGUAGAUUUGGUAUUCUCUUGGUCUCUCAAGGAUGUUCUCAAUGAAGAUCUUCACAAACACCAGGUGAGAAAGAUCCCAGAGACAUUCUCCUCAACCACAGAGUACUUGACCUCAUUCUGUGAUGCACUUGUUGAAGAAACUCAUGCUGACUUGUUGUCAAGCAUGUCAACAGUAUCCCAAGCACCUACGCGUGCAAUAUUUUCUGUUACGCAAUCUGUGAAAUGUAAACCACCCAAAGACCUCCUUUACCAUGUUACACUUGAAAGUGUGAAAAGAAUUGAGAAUCAUGGUGUGAGAUAUGAACCUGAAGUUAGAGACAUCAUUGCCAUAACAGAUGUAAGACCAAAAUGCAUUGAUGAUUUAGAAAGACAAAACAGGUCCUAUGUUGUUGCUUUUGUUCUGAGUGUGAGAUACGAAAGUUCUCUGACAAUAUUGUCCUCAAAGCCUAUCUUGUUUGAACAUGACAAGAACAAGAAGAGACAGACUCUUUAUGCAGUUCCCUUGGUAAACAUGACCACAAAUAUUCGUAUAUGGAGGGCCUUGAACUCUAAGUUGGAAGGUGGGAACUUAAACAUCAUUCAGAAUGUGCUGCAAUCUAGUUCUAUGGAUGCUACAAAUUGUACUACCUUCCUUAUUGAAGAAAAUUGCAAUGCUGCCUUCGCAGCUAUUAGUUCCAAAAUCUGCUCUUCUGAUUUAAAUGACUCCCAAAAAGAUGCAGUUCUUAGCUGCUUGGUAACUAGGGAAAGCAAUCAUCAGAAUACUGUCAAAUUAAUAUGGGGCCCUCCGGGAACUGGGAAAACCAAGACAGUUGGUGUGCUCUUAUUCUCUCUGCUGAGAAUGAAAUGCAAAACACUUACAUGUGCCCCAACUAAUACUGCUGUUUUGGAAGUGACACAGAGACUUCUAAAGAACGUGACAGAGUCACUUGAAUAUGAUACUUAUGGGCUUGGAGAUGUGGUUUUAUUUGGAAAUGGAAAGCGAAUGAAGAUUCUGGAUCGCCAUAACCUCCUUGAUAUAUUCCUUGAUAAUCGAGUUAGCAUACUACAUGAAUGCCUUGUUUCAUCAUCUGGUUGGAAAGGUAGUUUAACAUCAAUGAUAUGUUUGCUGGAGGACCCUAGACGGCAAUACAAUUUGUACUUGAAUGACAGAAGCAUGAUAGACAAUGAGGAGGAGAAAAUUGACGACAAGAAGAGCAAGAAAAAUGUGAGGAAUGUUAUUGUUAAAGCCUCAAAUGAAAACAAAUACAAGAAAAAUGAAGGACAGGUGGUUGACAAAUGUGAUAGUCAUUUAUCGUUUGAGGAAUUUGUUCAAAGAAGAUUCAAUUGCAUUUUACAGCGUUUGAAGUAUUGUAAUGUAAAUUUGUGUACACACUUGCCAACUUCUUUUAUUUCAUUAGAAGUGGUAAAGAAGAUGAAGUUAUCCCUUGAUUUGCUCACAUCUCUAGAAAAAUUGUUGAGUAAUGUUACUGUUGCUGACAAAGAAUUAGAGCAAGUCUCUGAAGAAAAUGAUCAAAGAUUUGGUCACUUGAUGAAAUAUGGUUUUGUGAGAGGAGAUUGCCUUCGGAUACUUAGAACAAUUCCAAAAAAAUUCCCUGUUCCAGAUUUUAGAUAUGAGUGGGAGAUUAAAAAAUUUUGCCUAGAAAAUUCAUGUCUAUAUUUCUGCACUGUAUCAAGCUCUGCUAAAUUACAUGAAGUAAAGACUCAAUGGGAAGUACUGGUUAUAGAUGAAGCUGCUCAGCUUAAAGAAUGUGAAUCCACAAUUCCUUUACAACUUCCUGGCCUCCGCCUCGCUAUUCUCAUUGGGGAUGAGCGGCAACUUCCUGCGAUGGUUAAAAGCAAGGUUUCUGAGGAAGCUGGAUUUGGAAGAAGUUUGUUCCAAAGGCUAGUAUUGCUAGGGAAAAAUAAAAACCUUCUUAAUGUCCAGCAUAGGAUGCAUCCAUCCAUAAGCUUAUUUCCAAAUAGGGUGUUUUAUGAAAAUCAGAUUUUGGAUGGCCCCAAUGUCAAAGAAAGAAGGUAUGAGAGGCGAUUCCUUCAGGGAAAUAUGUUUGGCUCCUACUCUUUCAUUAAUAUUGCACAUGGAAAAGAGGAAUUUGAUUACAGCCAUAGUCUCAAAAAUAUGGUUGAGGUUGCUGUAGCAUCUGAGAUUGUUGCAAGCCUUUUCAAAGAAUUUGUUCGCACAAAGAAGAAAGUUAAAGUUGGUAUCAUCUCACCAUACAAGGCACAAGUCUAUGCAAUUGGAGAGAAGGUGAAACACUACAGUGCUGAUUCUAAUGAUGACUUCUCAAUUAGUGUUCGCUCUGUUGAUGGUUUCCAAGGUGGUGAGGAGGAUGUGAUAAUUAUCUCAACUGUCAGAUGUAAUAUGAAUGGAGUUGUUGGUUUUCUUGAAAAUCAUCAAAGAGCAAAUGUGGCACUAACCCGUGCAAGGCAUUGCCUUUGGAUAUUGGGAAAUGAAGCAACUUUAACUAAAAGUUGCACUAUUUGGAAGGAAUUAGUCAUUGAUGCCAAGAAACGGGGGCGUUUCUACAAUGCUGAUGUAGACAAGAACUUGGCUCAAGCUAUUACGGUUGCCUUGGUUGAGCAUAACCAAAUACACAUUUUACUCAACAUGGAUUCCUUUUUGUUCAGAAAGGCCAAAUGGAAAGUCUCUUUCAGCAAUGAUUUUUUGAAUUCCAUGUCGAGAGUGAAAAAUGUUGAGACUUGUAAACAAGUGCUUACUUUAUUGGAAAAUCUAGCAAAUGGUUGGCGUCAAUCACACAGGAAGAAAAACCUCUUUUUUUAUUGGGGAACUUCUUCCCAAUUAUUGGAGCAGUAUAAGGUCAAUGGGUGUCUGAAUCUUGUUUGGACUGUAGACAUCCUUAAGGAAAAUUCAUAUUACAUUCAAAUUUUGAAGGUCUGGGAUAUUUUGCCAUUAUCUGAAAUACCAAGAGUAGCAAAUCAUCUUGAUGUCUUAUUUGAGAAUUAUACAGUGGAUAAGAUGAGUCAAUGCAAAUACAAAUCUCUCAACGGGUGUUUACUUGUUCCAAUGAGAUGGUCAAUUAACUCGUGUAGUUGUCCUGAAGUUGAUCCUCUGCUAUCACUGUCAAAAUCAUUGGUUUCACUCAGUCUGAGGGAUGAUUCAGAAUCAUCAUCUACAACUGAUAUAAAUAACUCCACUGUGGGGAGAGGUGUUGUCAGGAAAUGGCAAAGAAAGUUGCCUAAUGAGUAAUGAGGCUUUUGGCGGCAGAGAUGCCUCAGAGGAAGGACUGAAAAACUCUAAGAAAUGGGACAGAGCACAAGAAAUGCAAAUUCUGGAACAGCUUUCAAGAUUAUCUUGUGCACAAUCCUAACAAGAUAUGAUGCUGAUAUAAUACUGGCCAAAAUUGUGUGCAAUGGCAUCUUCCCUAUGCUGCAAUUCUAUAUUAUUAAAUAUCGUAAGCAUUAGAAAGUAUUUCAAUUAGGCAGUAUCACUGUCCUCUGCGAUUUUCUUCAGUUCA